AUGCAGAUACUUGCUUCGCCAAGUCGAUACGACAUCGAUUCUUCGCACAGGCAAAGACAGAUUUUCUCCAUCGGUACGCAGUCUCUGAAGAAUUUAAAAUCCGUCAAUAAAUUCCGAGCUAUUCUCUGGAUCAUCCUCGCGGUUUCCUCGAUCCCGCUACAUAUAACGUACAACUCUGUGAUCUUUCCUACGACCGGAGCAUACGCGUACAAAGUUGCUGUUGUAACACCCGACUUCUUAAAUGGCGCUCGUUUCGAUCUCGGGUCCAUCAACAAUCUGACCAGCUCUUCGUCUAUCACGUCCAAUUCCAGCAGCUUCACUGUCAAUCACCUCACCUCCCAUGUAUUCGGUUCAAGGGUUCCUUCGGUAGAGCCGAGAGCUGCUGAGUUGCUGGAACUACUCCAAUCCAAAUAUCUGAAACAGCAGCUAAAGAACAUGACAAUCGACGAAUGCAUUGAAGCAUACCUGGUGAACCGGCAAAUCACUCAUCGCAACCUCAUUGCAGUAAGCGAUGACGCCCGAUCAAGCACGAGCUCAGUCGUUUGGCUCGAACCGUCGAAACCCCUGAACGCGGCCACCAACUGGAUCUGCCGAUACCGAAAAGACGUCGUUAGCGGCUGGAUGCUCAACGGCACGGAUCCCGAUUGCGCUCCCGAGUCUGCAUUGUUUUACGAGCCGACGCUGUUCAUCGUGGUCAUUGUGGCCAAUGCGAUCAAGGCGGCUGCCAUGAUAGCGACACUCCUCCAAUAUAAGCGGCCAGCGCUGGUCACCAUUGGCGAUGCCCUUGCGUCAUUCCUGGAGGAGGCAGAUGAGACUACGCGCGGGUUGUGUCUCGCCACGGCGAAUGAAUUUGCCUCUGGGUCAUGGGAUGCUCGACCACGGAUUUUCUCACGGGAACUGAAGACUAUCAAACGGUCUACAGGAGCAUCUCGGCAGCAGUGGAUCACGACCAUGGCGGCGUUCGCGACUAUCAUGGUAGUUGGAACCAUACUCUUUGCAAGUAUUUACGACAAGUCCAACAGACUUCGUUGGUCCCUCUCUGGAUCGGUCAGCAAAGAGUCCGUCAAGCUGGGAGUCGGCCUCGGUGCAGCUUCAGUUGUCAUACUUGCAAAUCUUCCUCAGGUUGUCCUAUGGCUGAACCUUGUAUUCCUCAACCGGCUCGUCACCUGCAUGGCGGUUUCGAGAGAGUGGUCGCUAAUGGCACAUGCCAGAAAGGGGCUGCGAACAUCUGCAUCGCGUGGAGAACAGCGGUCAACAUACUGGCUACAACUUCCCUUAAAGUUCGCCAUCCCAAUGCUUGCCGUCUCCACGGGUCUCCACUAUCUUGCAUCACAGGCCUUAUUCUUCGGAUCUCUCCGCAUAUAUUCUCCAUACGACGACGGCCAGCUGAUCGAAGAUUACACCGGACUCGGCUACGCACAGAACCCGGCGCACGUUCUCCUCAUCACGCUGCUGCUCCUGAACUCCGCCAUCAUCCUUUGGGGAAAGUCUUACAAUAAGCCGGGUAUCCCACACGGAGGCUUCAACAGUGCGUACAGUGGGGCGUGGUAA